AAGGGGCAGCAGCCGCUGAGCCAACCCCUGCAGGGUGCUGGGAGCACUGGGAGCAGCAGGGAGGACGGGACGUUUCGGAAGCCUGAGCUGGGGUUUGCGGAGCUGGAGAAGAGACUCAGCGAUUUCUCUCUGAAAAGCGCCCACUUGCAGAAGGUGCUGCUGGGAUUCAAAGAGAUGCUGCGACUGGAGCUGGGGAGCGACACAGUCCCCUUUCUCACCCUGACAGGCUGCAGAGUAACACCUGCCUUAGGCUCCCGAUGCUCCCAUCCUCCCCGGGGACGAGGAAGGACAAUGGCUGCAGUGGAGCCAGUCCAGGGACCGGUGACCUUCGAGGAGGUGGCUGUGUAUUUCACCAGGGAAGAGUGGGCUCUGCUGGACCCCACUCAGAGAGCCCUCUACAGGGAUGUCAUGCAGGAGAACUAUGAGACUGUGACCUCGCUGGGUAAGGGUUCCUGUCCCCUCGGUUCUUGGAAGGGGAAAUGCAGGGUUAAGGUUCACGCCACCCCCACAAAGCACCCUCCUCUCUUUUUCAGCAUCACCCCAACGUGCCAGUGACACACACACUACCAGAGACCCUCCCCUGCUACAGAACACUCUGGGAACAGGGCACAGGGGCAGUUCGUCACAAAGUCUAACAACUUCUCUUUGCUAAGGCAAAACUUGGGGUUAGGUCCAGCAUAACAAACAGAAGCUUCCAACCCCUGGCUGGCACUCAAACACUGAGCCUACUCCAUGCACACCAACUCAGACUGGCCAAGUGAGAUCACCCCUUUACCAGCAUAAGGACUAAUGUGCUGUGAAAGUGGGAGGGCUUCUCCUGCCCAUAUAGCUACCGCCGCUCAUUGGGGGUGGUUUAAUUAUACACGAGAGAUCUUACAGUGGCGCAGAUGCCUGUAGACAUGGCCUUAGUUUGGCUGAUUUCAUGCCUCAGGGUGCAGCUGUGCACCGGGAUGCUUGUGCAAUAAAACAAGACUAAGUUUGUUAUCAAAGAACGGUUAUUCAGGUAACACUAAGGAGACAGAAUUGGGAUAGAAAUAGUUACUAACAAACCCAAGUUAAAAUACGCUUCUGACUCUAAAACCUAACUUAACUAGCUAGGUUAAGGAAGGAUAGCAUUGGUCUGCUAAACCCAGCGUUGUGAGUUCAGUCCUUGAGGAGGCCAUUUAGGGAUCUGUGGGGCAAAAAUCUGUCUGGGGAUUGGUCUUGCUUUGAGCAGGGGGUUG